AUGUCAUGUCAGGCAUACUGUGCAACAAGCGACUUCAUACCCGCCCUCUACCCCACACCCCGAUGCUACAGACAAAACGCUGCAAAAAGCAAUCAGUUUUCUCUCCCUCCACGUACCAUUUUUUCCCUCUCUUCAUCUCUGUCUACCUUUUCCCGUUCUUCAUGCCUGAGUAAGUGUCCUUUUCUUGAAAUACAACAGUCAGGUAAAUCUCUUUCUUUUUUUAAAAUAUUUACCUUCUUCUUCUUCUUCUUUGUUUCCAUCAUUCUUUCUCUCUGUCUCUAUCUCUCUGUCUCUGUCUGUCUCUGUCUGUCUGUCUGUCUUUCUCUGUCCCUCUCUCUAUCUCUCUCUCUGUCUGUCUUUCUCUGUCCAUCCCUCCCUCCCUCUCUCUCUGUCUUUCUCUUUCCAUCUGUCCAUCCUCUCUCUCUCUGUCCCCCUCUUUCUCUGUCCCCCUCUCUCUCUCUCUGUCUGUCUGUUCUCUGUCCCCCCUCUCUCUCUGUCUCCCCUCCCCUCUCUCUCCCUCUCUCUCUCUCUCUCUCUCUCUCUCUCUCUCUCUCAAGAAAUGGUGUCGAUGCCAAAGACACUUCCGGUUAUGAUGAUAAUUGGUGCUAA